AUGUGUUUGCCCGACUUCAAGCGCCUUGAUCCCAAGCAUCACGCUUUUGCUCGAUUCGGGCUUCCUUUCACAGAAAAACAGAUCAAGGAGCAAGAGUGGAGGGGCAAACACGACAAAGAGAAGAAGGGCAAGCACGAGGAAAAGGUUGAGGAGAAGGGCGAAGAGAAAGACAAGGAGAGGGACGGAAAGGAAGAUGGCACCGAGGGAGAGGAACCCCAGAAGGAGCAGGAAUCCGAGCCUUCUCCUAAGGAACGAGCAUUCGCCGAUGCUCUCAUUGCGGAGAUUAACACGAUAUCAUCGUUCAAGAACGCGUUGGGCCCAUUACUCGCGAUUCUUGGCAGCAGCUCGAAUCACGGCUUAGCAUUGAGGAUCAGGUUUAAUACCCCGGACAACUGGGUUCCGAGGAGCGAGCGUCUCAUGCGAUUGACCGGCAAGCAUCCGUUGAAUGCUGAAGCCGACCUGAGCGAGCUGUAUAAUGCAGGCAUGAUAACUCCAACCAAACUGCAUUACGUUCGCAGUCACGGCCCAGUCCCUAUGCUGGAUUGGAAUACGCACAAGCUGUCCGUCUCCGCUGAGCCAAAGGAUCUUCUCCCCGGAGCGCGUGAUUUCUCCAUGAAAGAGCUUGCGGAGGACGGUCUCUUCGACGUGAUCGAACUACCUGUAACCCUCGCUUGUGAUGGUAAUAGGCGCUCCGAGCUGAACACAAUCCGAAAGAGUCAGGGAGUUCCAUGGACCGCAGCAGGCGUGAGCACCUGCUUAUGGCGAGGUGUGAUGGUGCGAGACGUGCUCUUGUUCUGCGGUUUUAAUCAAGAUUGCCAAGCCGACGGCCGGUGGGUGAACUUCGUUCCGAUAAUGCAUAUGGCUACUGAGAAUGGACGUCCAUGGGAUCCCUAUAGAAGACUCUUCCUACACUACGAGGGUGCAGAUGACUGCAGCGAGGAUGUAUACGCGACUUCCAUACCAUUCUUACAUGCGUUCAACACGGAAAACGACUGCAUGCUUGCUUUCGGUCAAAAUGGACGUGUCCUUCAUCCGGAUCAUGGGGCACCGCUCAGAGCCAUUAUUCCAGGAUAUGUGGGCGGGAGGAACGUCAAGAUUUGGGUAUCAACUAGCCCCUCAACAAACCAUUAUCAUAUCUGGGAUAAUCGCGUUCUUCCCCCAUUCAUUACGUCGAAAGACACGCUCGAGGCCAAGGCCCUCUUCCAUCACCCAGACACCGCAUGCAAUCAACAGCAAAUACAGAGUGUUAUCUGUUUUCCUGCUCACGGAGAACAGAUCGUGCCCCCCACGGGCAAGGGUGCAAUGAACAGGACAUAUAGGAUCAAAGGCUUCGCCUAUAAUGGCUCGGGUGACAUUGUACAGAGGAUCGAAUUGAGUCUGGAUGGCGGCAAGAGUUGGAAGUAUUGUUUCCGGCAGUUCAUAGACCAGCCCUUGCGACACGGUCAGAAGCAUUGGGCUUGGAUCUUCUGGCACUGCGACGUUGAAUAUGACGAGCUUCUGAAUGCACGAGAGCUCAUCGUGCGCGCCUUCGACGCGCAUUUCAAUGGUCAGCCUGAGAAUAUCGUUUGGAACAUCCUUGGCAUGAUGAACAACGCCUGGUAUCGCGUCAAGCUGGGUGUAAUGUCUGCCGACUCUGGCAUUGUGGUGCAAGCUCAGCACCCUAUCGCACCGGGUAAUAGGGAAGGCGGAUGGAUGCUCCCUCCGCAGGAGGAGCGCGGGAACACAGAAAAGAGGCCGAGCUCAAGUGAGAAGACCUUCACGCUAGAGGAAGUUGCGAAACACAAUACCGAGAAGGAUUGCUGGAUCAUUCUUGACGAGAAAGUGUACGUCGUAACAUCGGUUCUUGACUGGCAUCCCGGUGGUGCGAAAGCCAUCUUAGGAUUUGCAGGGGAGGCAUCUGUGGAUGCCACGACCCAGCUCAUCAACCAACAGUACGCCGAUUCAAAGAGAGACGAGUGCUACAUCGGCGUUCUCACCGAGGCGGGCGCCAAAGCUAUGAAAGAGGAUGCAAAACGAGCUGCGAAGGAACUGAAGGAGCUCAAAGAGGGCCGCAAGGGUCUUGCGCUGAUGCCCGAUACAUUCUGUCCGGUAAUAUUGAAGAACCGGCAGGUAUUGAAUGCAGAUACUCGUAAAUACACCUUUGAGCUUCCCAAGACGCGUGAAGGCAAACCGGGUAGACUGGGGCUUCCAAUCGGAAAGCAUGUUGUUAUUGCGUUCCACUUUAAGGAUCAGGCGUGCACGCGCUCUUACACGCCAAUCCGUCCUAUCCUACCAGAGGAAGAAGACGGGACGUUCGAUCUGUUGGUUAAGACGUAUCUGCCCACCGAGAACGGCAGUGCAUUCCCGCCUGGUGGGACUAUGGGGAACUUCCUCGAUGUUCUACAAGAAGGCCAGGAGAUCGAUGUUCGUGGGCCCACGGGCGAAAUAGAGUAUCGAGGUCAAGGCAAGUUUAAGAUCGAGGGCAAGGAGAAGCAAUUCGCGAAGAUCAACCUCGUCGCCGGAGGUUCUGGCCUCACGCCGCACUGGCAGCUCAUCCACGCCAUCCUGAAAUCGGGCGACUCGGACAAGACGCGGAUCUCGCUCAUCGACUGCAACAAGUCGGUCGACGACAUCCUCAUGCGGGACGAGCUGCAGAAGUACGCGGACGACCGUCCGGACCAGUUCAAGCUCUGGCAUGUGGUCGCGAAGGUCCCCGAUGAUUGGAAGUACGACACCGGGCGGCUGAACGAGGAUAUCAUGCGCGAGCAUUUCUUCCCGGCCGGAGACGACGUCGUGACGCUGUUGUGCGGUCCUCCUGGGUUGAUCGAGCACGCCGCCGUGCCUGGGCUGAAGAAAUUGGGAUUCAAGGACGGAGAGACCCUCUUCGGUUUCUGAAACUGACCGUGCCCGCACUUGUACGCUGAUGGU